AUGGUGGAUAGGGAAGUUGAGCAGAGAUGUCCAGACAGAGGCGCGGGGACGAGGCCGGUGGUGCGAAGAAGUCUUGAAAAGGAUACAGGUGUCCGGUGCUCCGAGAUAUCAGGUGUAGUUUUGCGCGAGGUGCUACACUGCCUCUCUAAUAUCCAGACGGUGUCAGGCAAGUUCGAAGUGAUUUAUGAUUGUCGACCAGGCAACAGGUGUGAACGGGCAGCAAACUCUCGUGCUUGCUUCACUCCAUGCGGUUCAGCUGCUUCGUUCAGCUCUCGAGGGGUCGGCUAA